UACCACAAACACGCCUUAUCACUUAUCAGCUGUGUCGAUCUCAUGAUUCAUGAAGAUACGAACUGACGAACACUUUACUUAUAAUUAUUUUUCAUUCUCUCUCUAUUCGUUUUCACACAAGUCGGUUAUCAGUGAAUAAGAAUUUUAAUCACCACGUUACCCUGUCGUCUUAACUCCUCUCAACUUUCAUCGUGGUUUGAGGCACUCUACUGUACCAUCAGUGUUAAGCUUUUGUUUCAGUGUUCUCUUAAGAUAUUAAUUGCUGAGUACUUGAACUGGGCAGAGACAUUUAAAGCAUUGCGACUAUGUCCUCCGCAGGUACCAGGUCCCUCAAAGAAAAUCUAAAUUAUGUGCAAGUAGCAAUUGCAGCGGCCGUUGCGAAGAGACCUCAUAAAGCAAAAGAAAAAGACCCUCGCUUGGUGGCAGUUAGCAAGUUCAAACCGAAGGAACUCAUUAUUGAGGCUUAUAAUGCUGGUCAAAGACAUUUUGGAGAAAAUUAUGUGCAGGAAUUGGUCGCAAAAGCAACUGAUAUAGAGAUUAUGGAACUGUGUAAGGAUAUCAGAUGGCACUUCAUUGGCCAUCUCCAGAAGAACAAAAUCAAACAUGUUGUCGUGCUCCCCAAGUUGUAUCUCUUGGAAACAGUUGACUCAGCGCAAAUGGCCACUAGUGUUAACAACUCUGUCAAUACUAUUUAUGCAAGCCAACCUGAUAAGAAAUUGAAUAUCAUGGUCCAAGUCAACACGAGCGAGGAACCUGAAAAGAGUGGUAUAUCUUGCAGUGAGGUUGUUGAUGUAGUAAAACAUAUUCAUGAUACGUGCCCGCGGCUAAAUUUUAUGGGAUUGAUGACAAUUGGAGAGUUUGGGUAUGAUUGGUCUAAGGGUCCAAACCCUGAUUUUUUGAAACUUCUUGUUUGUCGCAAAAAUGUCUGUGAGGCUCUUCAGUUGGAAGAAGUCGAUGUUGAAUUGUCCAUGGGCAUGUCAGAUGAUUAUGAAAAAGCGAUUGAAAUGGGUAGCACAAAUGUGAGGGUGGGAACUGCAAUCUUCGGAGCCCGAGAGCCAAAAAAACCGGCCACACCUACACAACCAAGUCAAUCCACAGAAGCAGUCACAGAAAAGUUGAAGGACCUGAAAACAUAGAUUGUUGGACUACUCAAUUGAGGCCUUUAAUUUGUUCAGAUGCUACUCUGGGACUCAGGCAAAUAUUUUUCUCCAAAACCAAAUCUUUAAGACGAUGCACUUUUUGCGGUUGUUCAUCAUGAUGUCUUCCACGUAAAUGUUAAUUUUAUAUCAAAUUUAUUUUAAAAAAUUCCAGGUAAGAUUUCUCUCCUAAAUCAAUUUAUAUCUGGUAGAGGGUGUAAAGACUGUAUUUUCAAACGAAAAUUCUAGCAUUUAAGAGGUUAGACAGUCAGACAGUGCAGGCGAAGAGAGAAUAAAGAUUUUAAAUAUCACAUAUUUUUGUUUCAUUGAUCAGAAUGUCUUGUGAUACUUUUUUUAUGUGUAAGUUUUAUGGCCCAUUAUUUUUAUCUCAUGGUUUUUCUUUUCCUCUCUUUGUUAUCAAUUUUUCUAAUUUUGUUGUUGAGUAGUGGAAAGCAUGACUGUUAGCUUUUAGCUUAGAGUAAACAUAUAAUAAUCCGAUUGAAAAGAAAUAAAUGGUUUCUCAUCUUC